UUAGUUGGAUACCUGGGUUGGAAUCACAACGAAGUCGGCCCAUAAUUAUUUUACCAUCCUGAGCAGCCCUGACGGAAGUGGACGUCAGAGUGCUGAUCAUAGAUUUGCGGAGUGGUUCAAAGCUGAUACCUUCGGAACAGUGGCUGUUCGUGAUCGAAGCUCGACCAUGUCAAGUGCAACGCUAGUCGGUGUCUUCAUGGCAUUGACGUGUCUUGUCUACUCAUCAAACGCUGGGCCGCCAGGUCGUCCAAGUGGCAUUGGUCCAGAUCAGCCAGACUAUCGCAACACUAGGUGCUAUCCGAGAUGUGUGUAUGGCUUCUGCGAUGGAGGGAGAUGCCGAUGUGAACCAGGCUACAAGGGACGCACUUGCUCUGAGAGAAUUGCUACUGUGUCCUGUUAUGGAGGAUGUGCCAACGGUGGUACAUGUCGCUACGGAUCAUGCAGUUGCAGACCUGGCUUCAGUGGUAGCUCUUGCCAAACCUGUCAGCCAAUUGAAUUGCGGGGAGGGUGAGACCAACCAUGGAAAAGAGGGAGAAAAAAACAACAAAGAAACACGUACACUAAAGGGGAAGCAUAAGGUCUAUUAUAGAUACACUUAUAGCUAAAUGGUUUGGCCAAGAGUUCUAAUCCAUCGCAUCUGCACAUUUGCUUCAGUAUAAUAAACGCAAAAAAACUUGCCAUCUCUUCACAGCUGUGUGCAUGUUGUUAUGGUCUUAUUGUGUAUGUCUCUAGCCCGGACCUGCUCCCCGGCCUGUAGGAAUGGUGGUACGUGUACA